AAAACUGUUUUCCUACUUUAUUCGAGUAUUUGAGGUAUAACAUCAUUACAGAUACACUUUUAUGAAUAACCACAGUUGCUUGACAACAAUGCUGUAAACGUACGAUAUACUUACAUACAUUGACUAGUUCCAUUGCUACUAAUUGCAACCUCUAUUCUUUGUUUCAAUGUAGAAUUUGCAAAUAGUCAAUUUCUACAAGUAAAACAUGUGUUUUAAAUAAUACAUUACAUUCCCUUCUCUUCUUAAUUUUAUAAAAAUCAAGAUAACGUUGUUUAUAUCUAUUUUAGAUAGUUAUUCCAAGAUGAUGUGAAUGCGAGUAGAUCCCUUACUAUGAAUAUGAUAGUGAUGAGGUUUGCAGCCGGUGCGCGGUAGCAGAUGUUGGUGGCGAGAGUGGCAGCGGGCGCAGCGCGAGUGGUCGCGUUGCUGCAGGUGACCCCUACAGUAGUUCGCCGGAUGGAGUAAGCGGACAUUGUCCGGCAAGACACGCUUGAGUGGUGCGCGCUCUGUUGCGCCGAUCUUUCCCCUUCGCAAUAUUGACGCCUAUAAAACCUUGUCAUUUCAAUAAUGUGAAGUUACUUUCAUUCCAACAGAAACGAAGAAUACAACUCGACUAUCUGAAAAGUAAUCUUCGUGCAAAAAUCUUAUCUGGGUGUAAACCCAUUUCCAAAAUGUCCAAACUCGGAUUUUUGUUGUUUGUCUGGGCCGUAUGUGAAGGAGUUAUUGCUAAUGAAGAACAAAAUGGAUUCGUGCAGCCAUUGGACUUUGGGCCACUUUUUGAUGCAGGCGCUACUUCGCUGGCUUCAGAACCUAUCGCGGCUGCAGUGCUAAAAGUAGAUAAAACCCAAUAUCCUCAACUUUUUGACACUAUUGUUAGUAGUUCCAUCGAUUCCUUACAAACUCGUGUAGCACCUAUAGAAAAAGCCUUUUCUGCCGAUAAUUUCGGCUUUAAUCCUAUUGCCAGUCAAAGCUUCCUGCCGCCGGGGAAACCUGCUAGACUAGUAGCGCCGCCGAGACAACAACAUAAUCAACCACAAGCGAUUCCAAUUGGGCAACAGCUUUCUCCAUUGAGAUAUGACAUUCGCACGGUGCAUGAUGCUGACUAUAAAGUGUACAAACCUGAGGACGAGGAACAGGGAGAAGAAAUUUUAGCUGCUUUGAAAAAAAAUCCUAGCGUGGCUGCUUAUUUUAAACCUACGCACACCAAUGUUGAAGUGGCUCAUCCACUGAACUAUCGCAAGGAAGAAUUAAACGAAAAUUCUGAAAUUGAACAGAACUACAAGCCAAAUGCUUAUAUUCCAGGACCAGCUCGUAUUCGACGAUACACUAGCGGAAGACAAAGGGAAAACUUGAAGAAGAGCAGCGAUGAUGACGACGAUCCCUAUAACUACAACGUCGAAUACAUUUCUAAACCAAAAGCAUUCGACAGUAGUUUGUACAGCAGUGCUUAUAAAGAACAAAAAGACCCCAACAAGGAUUACGAGUAUCCUUACAGCUAUGACUCAGGGUACGACCACAAGGAAUAUGAAAGAAUAAAGGAGCUGUCAGAGAAGCAGGCUGCAGAGAUCAAGCAAAAUCCAGGAAACUGUAAAGAAGUGAAAAAAGACGGUAUGACCUGCACGACGUGUAAAGAUCCCAAAACUGGAGGAAACUUUGAGUCAUGUUCCUAUGUCGCUGAACCAAAGAACAACAAAUAUGCCUACUCUAAGGAAAGAAAGUUUGACAGCAACGACGAACCUGAUGAAGCUGAGGCACCGCAACAAAGUGAACCAGCGAAGAAAUCUGAAAAAUAUGUCCAGUCUGGCGAGAGCAGCGAAGAGAAGUACACUAAGGCAGCCGAACCCGCACCAAACAAUGAUGAUAAUUCUGGAGAAAAGUAUAAGGCUUAUUACAUACAUAAUUCAAAACCUACACCUAGUGAAGCUUUACGUGCUGCAGAAGACAAACAGAGUUCGGAAGAGGAGGGAGACGGUUCUUCAGGCAAAUCUUAUGACUACAAAAAAGCUUUGCCAGGUUUUUAUACUGAUAAUGAGCCUAAAAAAGACGUGGAACAUGUAUUAGCAGAAUUCAAGAAAAAAGAUAGGUCGUCAUGUAAAAAAGUUCAGAAAAAUGGAAUGACUUGCUACCAAUGUAUCGACAAAAAUGGUCUGAAAAAUGAAGAAUGCAUGUUUGUGUCAGAAUCAGCGCCCAAACGAAGCCAUUUAGCGUAUCAAGAACUGAAAGAAUUUACAUCUAAGCCUGCCACUCUCGACCAAGGAAAUGAGGGUGCUGAAAGUAAAACGGUGACUACAAGUGCUCCACCAGCUCAAAAGUCUGCUGCGUAUGUAGUAGAUAAUACUAAUUACGGCAAAAAGUUAAAGCGUAAGAAGGCACCGCAGAGUAUUGCUGCAGCAGCUACCGUUCCAGUUGCCAGUGCAGUUAAACCUGCACCUAUAGCAGCAAAUGCACGUAAAACUAAAAGGAGCGUUGAAACUGAAGCAGAACAAAAUGCACGGAUUGUAGAUGUAACCAAUAUUGCCCAGCCUGAGGAAUUCGCGGGAAGCGAUUCCAGAGGAGCUUUUUGGGCAGAUACGAUGCCAAGGUACAGUGCAUCGUUAGGCGUAACGUUGCCUGAAUUCAUGCUGUCAAGGUCGGAGCACGAACUUAUGUUUGAUGAAACCGUCGCCAGCGCGUAAAAGAUAUUUAAGGCUUGAUUUGUUAGCCAACAAAUUCAGUAUUAGUAGAGCGUGUCGGUUGUACAACGCUUUAGAUAAAACCUGAACUAAAGUGACUGACGGACUAGGCCGUAGCCAACCAGUACCGGUCGAAUUGUGUUCUUGAAGUUAUUACCAUCUACUAUAAA